GCAGGCUGCGGCCGCCGCGCUCAGUCCGGCCGCUCCGCGGGAGGCAGGCGCGAGGCAGGACCCGGCGGCCAGGCUCGGCGGCGCCUCCAGCGCAGCGCGGUGCCCCGGGUCCGGGUCCGGCCCCAUGCCCGCAGCCCCGCCGGACCGCCCUUGAGCGCGGGCGCCCCGCCCGCGCCCCCCUCACGCCGGCACCAUUGCCCCGACGGCGCGGCCGGGCGGCCCGGCGCUCCCGAGGCUCCGCGCCGGCCGGAAGACGCUGCUGGCGGCCGCGGCGGGCGUGGUGAUGCUGCUGGUGCUGGUGGUGCUCAUCCCCGUGCUGGUGAGCUCGGGCGGCCCGGACGGCCACUAUGAGAUGCUCGGGACCUGCCGCAUGGUGUGCGACCCCUACCCCGGCCGGGGCCCCGGCGCCCGCGCGCGGCCCGACGGCGGGGACGCGCUGAGCGAGCAGAGCGGCGCGCCCCCGCCCUCCACGCUGGUGCAGGGCCCCCAGGGGAAGCCGGGCCGCACGGGCAAGCCUGGACCGCCCGGGCCUCCCGGAGACCCGGGUCCUCCGGGCCCCGUAGGGCCGCCGGGGGAGAAGGGCGAGCCGGGCAAGACCGGGCCUCCCGGGCUGCCGGGCGCGGGGGGCAGCGGCGCCAUCAGCACCGCCACCUACACCACGGUGCCGCGCGUGGCCUUCUACGCCGGCCUCAAGAACCCGCACGAGGGCUACGAGGUGCUCAAGUUCGACGACGUGGUCACCAACCUCGGCAACAACUACGACGCGGCCAGCGGCAAGUUCACGUGCAACAUCCCCGGCACCUACUUUUUCACCUACCACGUCCUCAUGCGCGGCGGCGACGGCACCAGCAUGUGGGCUGACCUCUGCAAGAACGGCCAGGUGCGGGCCAGCGCCAUUGCCCAGGACGCAGACCAGAACUAUGACUACGCCAGCAACAGCGUGAUCCUGCAUCUGGACGCGGGAGACGAGGUCUUCAUCAAACUCGACGGGGGCAAAGCGCACGGCGGCAACAGCAACAAAUACAGCACGUUCUCCGGCUUCAUCAUCUACUCUGAUUAGGCUCCCCGCGUCCCUGGUUACCCCCCGGCCUCCUUGUCCUGCCGGGCGAUGGAUGACCCGUCCCCCACUCUCCUCUUUGCUGCCCAACCCUGGCUGCAGCCCGCUCUGUAUAUUUGUACAAUAGGACUGUUUAUUGCCCACCCUUCCCACCAGCUCGCCCAAGCCUGGGGACCAGUCUGGUCCCGCAGAGUCGCUUCCUGAGUUCAGAUGUGCUGCCCUCCUGCUCCGCUCUGGCUCCGAGGGUGGUGCCACCUGGGGAAGGGGUGGGAUGGGGACUGGAUAGCUUCCCAGCACCCCUUAAAGCCCUAUCCCCCGCCGCUCCCUGUCUGACCAAAGCUACAAUAAAAGCACUUCCACCC